AUGCCGGCUAUCUCCCUUCGCACCGGAUGGCCCGCCUUGCGCCUCCGCAGUCUGCAAUCGGCCCGAAUGACCCAGAGCAUCGCACCGUCUCGUUCCUUAUACAGCAUCAUCCCCGGAAACACUCUCAGACGAUGGAGCACACACGGCACACAUAUUUCCAAUCCAUUACGCACCUCUCCAACGAUUCCACAAUAUUCAAUCCUCUCUAUUCGACCCUACUCGACCACCCAAUCCCCCGAACCAACGGCAGAUCUUCUAAUCGAAGAACUCCAAGACCUCUACGAAAUCGCCAAAGACGAAUUCGAAAUUGCGACGGACAGCACAGACGGAGCAACCAUCUACGCCGCCUCUGACCGCGAGUCCGCGCGCGAUGCUUUGAACCAGCUCUGCGCGGUGUAUCAUCUGUACACGGCUCGGCCGGGCGAGGAUGUCGACAAUGGUGUUAGACAUAUCAAGAAUGGAGUUGAGGGACAGUCGGAGGCUGGAGAAGAUGCGGUUGUAGAGACAAACUUCAACCCGGAGGAUGUUGGGAAGGAGGUUCGUGAAGAAGUGAGGAGGAGGGUUGGGCAGAGGGUUAGGGAGUUGAGGAAUGCGGUUGAGGUUCUGGAGGAGAGGGCUCAUGCUGAAUGA